UCAGUUGGCUGGGUGAAUUAUUAUUGAUAGAAUGCAGUUAUAUACUGUUCUCUCUUCCAUUAUAUUGUGUUCUGUCGUGGUUUGGACAGCUCCACUUGCAGAAAAUGAAAUCGAGUUGGCUAAACGAGCGAAGGAGACCAUUAUGUAUGGUAAUCAACAGAAUUCUCCACGUAGAGUGAAAAAGAAUGAUCCUUCGUUAACCAAGGAUGUGAGCAACGAUGCGGAUUUAAAAGGCCAUGUAAUUGCCAUGCCUGCACGCGACGUUCCUGCAGACGCUGUCAAAGAAGAUAAUUUACCACCAACUGAUGUAGAAAGUGAUGCGUCAACAGAAGUUCAAGCUUCUGAUUCCAACAUUCCACUCAAACCUGAUACAGAAGAUAAUAAAUCGGACGUAACGGAAUCACCCACUGAAGAUAUAGAUCCUGAUGUACAAGAUAUGCUCCAAAGUGACUCUAUGGUCAAUUCAGAGGAAGACGCCGAUGAUGAACCAGUUGAAGAUUCGGUAAAUGUUCCAGCUCUACCUGGUCAGAAUGAAGAUCAAUUGGCAAAUUGGUACCACUACCUCUUACAAUAUGGUAAGAAUAUAAUCUGA